CUUUGCUCCUUUACUCUCACAAUCCUAUGAUGUUGUUUCCAUUUCACUUUACAGGAACAUUUCUGAUCCCAUUUCAGAAAUUUGAAACCAUGGAGCAAGGAAACAAUUCAAGAGUGACUGAAUUUGUACUGCACAGUCUUUCAGGUUCUCGAGAGCUACAACUUUUCUAUUUUGCAUUUUUUACACUUUUCUAUUUAUCCGUUGUGCUGGGGAACCUCCUCAUUGUGCUCACAGUCAUCUCUGAACCUGCUCUACACACACCCAUGUACUUCCUACUCAGUAACCUCUCCUGCAUUGACGUGUUUCUGUCCACCUUUGCCACACCCAAAAUGGUUGUUGACUUCCUUAUGGAGCAUAAGACCAUCUCUUUUGAAGGCUGCAUGACCCAGAUAUUCUUUCUGCAUGUCUUUGCUGGAGGUGAAAUGAUGCUCCUGGUGGCCAUGGCAUAUGAUAGAUAUGUAGCCAUACGUCGACCCCUGCAUUAUGCGACCAUCAUGAGUGUGCGCAAGUGCACAAGCCUUGUGAUGGGCUCCUGGCUCGUUGGGGUUCUGCACUCAGUAAGUCAGUUGGUCUUCACAGUAAACCUUCCAUUCUGUGGCCCCAAUAAAGUUGAUAGUUUUUUCUGUGACCUUCCCCUGGUUAUUAAACUUGCCUGCACUGAUACCUUUACUCUUGAGGUUCUGCUGCUUUCAGACAGCGGUCUAAUGGCUGCGAGCUCCUUUGUGCUCUUGCUGACCUCCUACAUGGUCAUUCUGGUUACUGUGCGACGACGUUCCUCAGAAGGCAUGUCCAAAGCAAGGGCCACUCUGACUGCCCACAUCACUGUAGUGACCCUCUUCUUUGGGCCCUGAAUCUUCAUUUAUGCCUGGCCUUUUAGCAACCUUCUAGUGGAUAAGGUUCUCUCGAUAUUUUAUACUGUUUUCACACCUCUCUUAAACCCCUUGAUCUACACCUUAAGAAAUAAGGAGGUAAUAUCAGCAAUGCGAAAACUGAGGAGUCGACAAGUGAGUUCCUGACAGUCUCCCAGCUCUCCCUUUUGAUAAAUAACAGCCCAUAAUAAAAGCCAGGUUAGUGUACCUUCCUCUGUGAAGUACUGUUAUGUCUGAAAUAUCAUAGGACACAUUUUCUUCCUUUUUAUAGCAUUUGCUUUUAUAACAGUAAACAAACCAUCUUAGAUAACAGGAGAAUUGGACUCCCUGUCUUUUGCUUAUGAAAUAAUUCU